AUGAUGACUCACAGCGCUGCGUCUUAUGACCUCCUGGUACGGCAGGUAGAGGAUCUCCGUAAGGAGAACUCUCACCUGCGCAGGGAGCUCCAGGACAACUCCCAUCACCUGUCCAAGCUGGAGAACGAGACCUCGGACAUGAAGGAGGUGCUGAGACAGCUUCAGUGUAAGCUGGAACAGGAGGCAUGUACCCUGGCCUCCUCAGGGAGGUCAGAUGUGCUCGACCAACUCAAAGAGCUUCAUAUGGAUUUAACGAACUACUAUGAGCUGAAAUAUCAACCCCACAACCUGCGAUCCUUCUCUGACGCCAUGGCCAGUCAGUCAGCCGCUGACGACGACAGAAUGCCCCUCCCACCGCCCAGCGUGAGCCGGGGCAGGAGCCCCCGUCCUGUUUCACGGCAGGGCUCGUCUGUGUCGGGGGAGGGCACGGCCGUUCACCCCCACCUACUGGACGGAGGUCUGGCCAGGGGCGGGGCAUCCGCAGACGGGAGCAUCACAGCCCAGCAGGUGGAGGAGCUGUGCAGGGAGAGGUCGAUGUUGCUGAGUGAGAUAGAGAAGGAGGAGACUGAACGCAGGUGGUACUGUGCCCAGCUCCAGGGCCUCUCUCAGAAACUGGCUGAGUUACCACGCAUCGACACAUUCUCCAUUCAGAUGGAUCUGAUCCGGCAGCAGCUGGAGUUUGAGGCUCAGCAGUUGCGUUCCGUGAUGGAGGAACGAUUUGGUACCAGUGAUGAGAUGGUGCAGAGAACACAGAUCCGAGUGGCCCGACUGGAGCAGCUGGACAAACAGCUACAAGACGCACAGGAGUCGCGUGGCUCACAGGAGAAGAGUGUGACCCUGUCUGAGAGCCAGAGCACUGACAGCCUCAACAAGUCUUCUGUCCCUGAAACAGAAAAUGGAUCAAACACGUCGACGACAGAGGCGACUGGUGAUGCAGGGGGAAAAGUAGAGAUGGUUUUCUGGCUCCUGUCCAUGUUAGCAUCCAGGGACCGUGAAGAGAUGUCCCGAACCCUCUUGGCCAUGUCCAGCUCUCAGGAAAGCUGUGUUGCCAUGCGUAAGUCUGGCUGCGUGCCACUGUUGGUGCAGAUCCUACACGAGGGUGGUGCAGGCGGGGCACCGGGGCAGGGCAGCUGCAGUCGUGACGCUCGCUCCAGGGCCAGUGCAGCGCUGCACAACAUCAUCUACUCACAGCCCGACGAGGGUCAGGCACGACGCGAGAUGAGGGUCCUGCACGUGCUGGAGCAAAUCCGCUCAUAUAACGAGAGUACCUGGGAAUGGAUUGAAAAUCAUUUGGGAACCCCCUCACCUGGAGGGACUAAAAUGACAGACAUCCCAGAGCCUGUGGAUCCCCAGAUCUGCCAGGCAAUGUGUGCGCUAAUGAAGCUUUCAUUUGAAGAAGAGUAUCGCCGGGCCAUGAAUGAACUUGGGGGUCUCCAGGUGGUUGCAGAGCUGGUGCAUCUGAAUCAGGAGCUCUAUGGCAUGCAGAAUGAUCCAAUAAACAUGGCUUUAAGAAGAUAUGCUGGAAUGGCACUGACAAAUCUCACCUUUGGAGAUGUUGUGAACAAGGCCACUCUCUGUUCAAAGAAAACCUGUCUCCAGGCAAUUGUUGCACAACUUGCAUCUGACAGUGAGGAAUUACAUCAGGUUGUGUCAAGCAUUCUAAGGAACCUGUCAUGGCGUGCUGAUAUUAAUAGCAAAAGAGCCCUUAGGGAAGUGGGAAGUGUAUCCGCAUUGAUGACAUGUGCUCUUCAGGCCACAAAGGAAUCGACCUUAAAGAGCCUAUUGAGUGCUCUGUGGAAUUUGUCAGCACACAGCACUGAGAACAAGGUGGCUAUUUGCUCUGUUGAUGGUGCUCUUGGCUUCCUGGUCAGCACCCUGACCUAUCGCUGUCAGACCAACUCACUGGCUAUCAUUGAGAGUGGUGGAGGUAUCCUGCGCAAUGUGUCCAGUCUCAUUGCCACCCGAGAUGAUUACAGGCAAGUCCUCAGGGAUCACAACUGCCUCCAGACAUUGCUACAGCACCUGCGUUCUCACAGUCUGACCAUUGUGAGCAAUGCAUGUGGAACCCUAUGGAACUUGUCUGCUAGGAGUCCAAAGGACCAGGAGCUGUUGUGGGACCUGGGAGCAGUGAGCAUGCUUCGUAACCUCAUCCACUCAAAGCACAAAAUGAUUGCAAUGGGUAGUGCCGCUGCCCUGCGAAACCUCCUCACAAACCGUCCUCUCAAAUACAAGGACACUGCUGUUGUAUCUCCAGGAUCUUGCAUGCCUUCACUGUACAUGAGGAAGCAGAAAGCACUGGAGGCUGAGCUAGAUGCAAAGCACCUGGCAGAGACAUUUGAUUCCAUUGAAAAGCAAAGUGCCAAGCAUCCAAGCAUUAAUAAACCUCUCCGGCAUAUUGAAAGCUUGGCGAAGGAUUAUGCCUCUGAUUCUGGUUGCUUUGACGAUGACGAGGCACCAAAUGUCUCAAGUAGUUUGGACACAGGAACUUUCUCCAUGCUCUCUAUGUUCCUGAACAACUCCAACUUCCUUCAGAACCAACCACGGAAGAAAGACGGGGAACCUGAGCGUGACGUCGAACUACCUCAGACAGACGACCGGAAGUCCCAGCCUCCCGAUGACGAAGUGUCAGUGGCAGCAGAAAAGCUGGCAAAGAAAAUUACAAACACUGUGGCCAAGAUUGACAAGCUAGUGGAGGACAUCACCAUGCACACAUCCUCAGAGGACAGUUUCAGCCUCAGCUCAGAGGACCAUUUUGUUGACUGGCAGUAUGGGUCAGAUGAGCAACACGAGGCCAGAGCCCAGUCGUGUUCCCCGUGCCGUCUCUCUGAUACCAGCACCUUUGCAAACAGAGAGCGGCUCCAGAGAGCACAUGCCUUACUGCGCCUGAAAACAUCUCACACAAACUUGUCCAAUGACAGCCUUAAUAGUGGCAGUACCAAUGAUAGCUACUGUGGUAGCAAGGACCAGAUUCGGCCCUCAGCAAGGGCGACAGGACAAAAUCGACCGAACAAACUUGAUCUCAAGGUGGCCCAUCCAGAAUGUACCAAUGGUGGUGCUAAUGCUUUGAAUGAAACCACUCAGAAUGAGAUACCUGAAAGAGAUUCAGAAGCCAACAGAGAUGUGAAAAUGUCAGAGCCAAGCAGCACAGAAACAGAGAAAGCUCAAGAGCUUCCUCCCGCAACACCAGCAACUACAUCAACCAGAGUAUCAUCUGAUGCCAGCAUGCCGACCAUCAAGCUGUCACCCUCUUAUCAGCAUGUUCCUCUAAUCCAAAGUGUUGCCAAAUUUGGUGUAGCAAAGACAGCUAUCAAUGUUCAGGCAGCUCAGGCCAUGAGAAGGCAGGCAUGGGUGCCUAUGGUAAUGUCUGGUGGCAGCAUAACCAAGUUCUCCCCUAUGAACACUGCUAGAAGCCCGACACUGGGUCAGUUGGAAACGGUGCAGAAGUAUUCUGUAGAGAACACGCCAAUCUGCUUCUCUCGCUGUAGCUCUCUGUCCUCUCUGUCUUCUGGUGAUGGAGCCCUUGAUGGGCAGAGUCAGAGUGAGAAUGAACUGGAGAGUGAUUCCUCUCUUGAGAUAAUAGAAGUAGAAGAUGGAGACCUUGAAAGGAGACAAGAAGAAGAUGAAACUCUGGAGGACCUAAGCGAUAGUCAGCUGUUGGUGACAGAUCAGAAAACAUGCCCAAACAGCAACAGUACAUCUUCGGAUCCCAUUGAGAUCCCCUGUCCUGCAAAACGUGAAAAGAUUUUCCUUCGGGGAGUAUCGCCAGGAAUACAAGAGGACAGGACCCCAUCCAGUUCUUCAGACAAUUAUAUCCAUGAGACUCCACUUGUGAUGAGCCGCUGUAGUUCUGUGAGUUCACUGGGUAGUUUUGAGUCCCCUUCCAUUGCCAGUUCAAUUCAGAGUGAUCCAUGUAGUGAAAUGAUAAGCGGGACAGUUAGCCCUAGUGACCUACCGGACAGCCCUGGACAAACCAUGCCUCCGAGCCGCAGCAAAACUCCAUGCUGUGUUGAGUCAAAUGGGCCAGAGACACAGACACAUGGAGGGGUAGGAGGCCCAUGGGAAAACAGCUUACGCAAGUUCAUGGAAAUUGCAGACUUUAAGGAAAGGUUCAACCUACCUCCAGAUUUGGACACAAUGAUUUACUUCACUGUGGAGAAACCAACUGAAAAUUUCUCAUGUGCCUCUAGUCUGAGUGCCCUGCCUCUCCAUGAGCACUACAUCCAGAAAGAUGUAGAGCUGAAACUCACACCUUUGCUAAACCAACAUGACAACAACCCAGAAUACAAUGUGUCUCACAGAAAGAAAGAUGACAUGGAUGAUCCUACCUAUAUGGAGCAAGUAGACCAGUACAGUGAGGGCAACUCAGAUGAUGACAUUGAAAUACUCAAAGAGUGCAUCAAUUCAGCAAUGCCCUCCAGAUUCAGAAAAGUAAGACCAACCUUAAUGUCUACCUUCUCAAACCAAGUUCUCUACAACCAGGCCCGAAGAUCUGCACAGCUGCCAGUUUAUAUGAUGGUUCCCAAUAAUGCCAAUCAAAUGUUCUCUGGCAGGAAAGUUGCAAUGUCUGCUAAGGAAAUCUACUGUGAUGAUUCUUCAUACACUGAUUCUGCUGAGGGCACUCCUGUUAAUUUCUCAAGCACAACUUCUCUGAGUGAUGAGACUCUUCAGUAUCCAAUGAAAACAAAAGGAUCAAAGGAGUGGUGGUCUAGAAACAAAGAGACUCAGGAAGUAAUGGACACAGAGGCAAAGAGAAUCGAAGACCUACGUGUUUUCUCUCGCUUCCACAAGGCUAACAGAAUGACAACUCAGUCAGACAUUGUGAGUAACCAAACGAAUAGAACGGUCAAACAUGUGAUUCCAACUCAAAGGUUACUCAUUCAAAGCAAAGAGAUGGCAGCAAAAAUGUGUCAGUAUCGCAUUCGAGAUCGUUCGCCAAUUCAGCAAAUCCACAAACAGGAACAAAAUCUCUCCAGAAGUAUGCCACAGUUAGAUCUCCCUACUAGGAAACAAAGCACAGAGAUGUAUCAAAAUCAAAGAGUGACCCAUAAAAAUAACAGCCAGGACAAUAUUGCUUUUCAGUCCAUGCGGCACCCAACACCUACUGAGGAGGCCUCAUACCACUACGGUGGUGGGGUAGACAGAGAGGAUGGGGAGAUAAUGAGGAAUGGACGAAACCAAAUGAAUAACUCUGGAAAGAGUACUGUAACUCGUAAUGCUAAUGUGAUUGGCCGGGUUGAUAAUAUUCAAACGAAACAGAAAGGUUUUAACAGGAUCAAACAGAAUCUGAUAAUGGAGGAGGCGCCCCCUUGUUACUCUCUCAGUUCAUCUCUCAGCUCCCUGAGUGAUGCAGACUUUGAAGACCGCCAAGGGAAACCUCAGCGAGUUUGGAUGAAGAACAGGCAUAACUUGAUGUCUAAUCAAAGUCAUUGCCCACCAAAAUCUCUACACAUCCACAACCAAUAUGAGGAGAACAGCUCUCCCAGCUCAGUCAGCAUGGACUCAGAGGAUGAUCUUCUGCUGAAAUGCAUAACCUCUGCUAUGCCCAAGCAAAAGAAAAAACAAUCAAGCAGGAAAAGGAAAGGAGAAAGAAAACAGAGGACAAAAGCCACAGUUCAGAAGGGCACAGAGGACUGGAGCCCAGAGAAUGACCUAGAGAGCAAUGACAUGGCAUCCGAUAAAGAUUCAGACCUCAACAGUGUUGAAUGGAGGGCAAUACAAGAAGGAGCCAAUACUAUUAUCACAAAGCUGCAGGCCUCAAAGUCGCAGGAGCCGUCUUCAGAAUCUGAAUCUGUGCUCUCAUUUAUGUCUGGAUCAAGUUUUACACCCAAACAGGAAACCAAGAAGACACUCAAAGAGACCAAUAAGAAGCCAAACAAGCCUCUUGAUUUUGCUCAGCGUAAGCCUGUUCCCAAUUUGCCAGUGGUCUUCAGGGGCAGGACUGUGAUUUAUACACCUAAGAAAGAGACAACUCUCUCACAGAGGCCAGCCCCUAGAAAACUGUCUACGAAGACAGAGACUCCAGUGAAGAAUCCAGAGCUGGCGCAGCACAGGUCCAGGAGCCUCCACAGAUUGGGUCGGCCCAGUGACUGCACUGAGUUUUCCUUGCCCAAGAGAAGUUCAACUCCGCCAGCCAGGAUACCAAAGAGCUCCUCAUCGGGGUCGUCUCAAAGUUCAACCCCCUCAAGGCAGCCACAGAAAAAACUGACCUCCCCGACACAAACGAGCAAACCAAGCCAGAAAAAGACACCCCCAGCAAGUAACCCACCAGAAAAAAGGGGAAACAACACAGUUUCAAAUAAUCAAAAUACAAAAUCCCCAGUUCACAAUAAAACACAGAAAUCCCCUGUGCGAAUCCCCUUUAUGCAGAAUCCUUCAAGACAGUCAAGAAUGAUCUCACCACUAGUUACCAACCAGCCUACCAAUAUUAGUAGACAAAACAGUCAGGUGUCAGGGAAAAGAAUUGUGCCUGCCAAUCGAAUGGAGUUGGUUCGCAUGACAUCCACUCAUUCAAGUGUCAGUGACUCAGACCGCAAUGGCUUCCUGAGGCAGCUGACCUUUAUAAAAGAAUCACCGAGCGGCUCGAGACGGAACACUCCCUGCUCACGCUCUGUGCCCACUUCCCAGCACGCGUCGCCUCGGAGAGCAUGUCCAGGUGCCCCAGCAGUUUUUCUCUGUUCUUCCCGCUGCCAAGAGCUGAAGCCAGCAGCACAAGGACCAAGAGGAAUGCAAGGAAGCCCGAAGCAAGGGCCAGAGACAGGGAUCCUACGGCAGAGCUCAGCAUUAUCAAGAGCCACCUCCAGUGACCGAGAUCUCUCAAUGAAACGCCCAGCGAGAAGAACCAGCUCAGAGAGUCCCUGCAGGCUGCCUCAGAGGAAUGUUCCUGGGCAAAAGCCAAAGGAGAGAGACACGGUCAAGAGAUACUCCUCCUCCCCCAGCAUUAAUGUUCUAAGUCGGGUCACGAGCCGCUCCUCUCUCCGGUCCUCCUCCUCUGACUCCAGCGGAAGGGCAAAAAGUGAGAAAGACAUAAUGCAGAGGCCUCAGAGAACUGGUUUGCAAAACAGUGACAGAGUAACCUGGAGAAGGAUUCGAGAUGAAGAUGUGCCGCAGAUACUAAGGAGUACUCUGCCAUCAAAUGCAUUGCCUUUGGUGCCUUCUCCUGAGGGGCACAAACCAAUGCCACCAAAACUGCCAGGGAAGCUGCCAACCAUUUUAUUGAAGUCGAGAAAAACAAGCGAUGCAACAGUUCAAACAGAGGACUUCUCAACCAGUAAGACCAACUCCAGUACUUCACCCACAGUCGAGAAUGCUCCAACGGUUUCAGAAGAGGCAGCAAAGAUAGCUCUCCCAAGAAAGAUUAACCUAGUGUCUGGAAACAACCUGCAGGACGGAGAUUCGGAUGGAUCACUCAAGAACCAGAGCAUCGGGUCCAACUCAACCUUUCAGUCGACAGAGAGCCAUAAUGGAGGUGUCGGGCACUUCCGUCACGGUUCUCCCAGCAGAGCUGUCCGAGUGACUCCGUUCAACUACACCCCAAGCCCUAUGGCCUGCUGUGUGCAAGAUACGCAAGGUCAAGCACCAUCGAUCCCAGAGAAGUCAGGAGAAAAACUUGAAGCCUAA